AUGCCCAAAUAUUACACUUGGAAUCAAUCAACAAAGAAAUUCCAACAUCGCAAACAAGGAAUCCCAGUUCCAGAUUGGCCACAGAUGUUUUCCACUGAUGCACUAGGUCGCAUGUAUACUGUUCAUCCUAGAAAUGAUGAAUGUUUUUAUUUGCAACUGCUGUUGGAAUUCGUUCGAAAUAAUGUGCCGUUGCUGAGUGGACAGCAAAAACAGGUAUACGAAACAUUAAUGCAAGCGGUGGACAAUAAUACUGGUGGUCUAUUCUUGCUGGACGCACCUGGAGGAACAGGGAAAACAUUUGUCAUUUCAUUUAUCUUGGCCACUAUUCGAUCAAGAUGUGACAUGGUUUUGGCGUUAGCAUCAUCUGGAAUUGUGGCGACUCUUCUAGAUGGCGGUCGUACUGCACAUUCUGCGCUUAAGUUGCCACUCAAUUUAAACACAAUUGAUACUCCAACAUGCGAUAUUUCCCGAUCCAGUGCAAUGGGAAAAUUGUUGAUGCAAUGCAAGCUCAUUUUUUGGGAUGAGUGCACAAUGACACAUAAGAAAUCACUUGAAGCACUUAACUUCACACUGAAGAAUCUUCGGCGAAAUAACAACAUCUUUGGCGGCUUGAUGAUAUUGUUGGCAGGCGAUUUUAGGCAGACGUUGACAGUAAUUCCCCGUGGAACGCCUACAGAUGAAUUGAAUGCUUGCCCGAAGGCAUCACCUUUAUGGAAUAACAGUGCUGCACAAUUUUCCAAACAAUUGUUAGCUGUUGGAAAUGGAAAAGUCCCAGUUGAUGCGACAUCUGGAUUAAUUACUCUUACCAAUGACUUUGGCCGAUUUGUAGACUCUCAAUUAUCUCUUAUUGAAAAUGUUUUCCCAAACAUUAAGUUACCAGGAUUUUCACCACAUAACUUGCAACUCAAAGUUAAUACAGUUAUUAUGAUAUUGCAUAAUUUGAAUCUACCACCACUUUGCAACGGUACUCGACUUUUGGUAAAAAGACUUACGCCAAAUUUGAUUGAGACAACCAUUAAUUAUGAAAAGUACGCAGAACUGAAUGGAAUUUAG